GGUCCCAAAUCUGUUUGAUUAUAUCAAUUUAAUUCUUGCUAAAUGAUGAUUGUGCUGAAUUUGUGGUUAAAUGGUUGCAUGGCAAUUACAAUUUUUUUGUCUGUAAUUUUUACAGUUAUUUUGGUUUAGUUGUUUGAGCUGGUAGCAGUGUUGUGCUAACUGUUAAGAAUCAUUUAAUACAUGGAUUAAUUCUGGAAUCUCGAUAAACAAACCUAUAAACAAACCUUUUCAUAUUUGCUCAGGGGCUGUUAUUUCCAACAAGGUAUGGAAGUUAAGAUGGAAAUGAAGGUGGAAGAUGCAUAUAGGAAGUCAAUGGAGACAGUGUUGAAUUGGAUACAAGAUACUGUAAAUCUUAACAAGAGUCAAGUUUUCUUUCGUACAUAUGCACCCGUGCACUUCAGAAGUGGAGAUUGGAGAAGCGGUGGAAGUUGUCAUUUGGAAACACUGCCAGAGCUUAACAUGUCAUUAGUGCCUAAUGAUAACUGGUCACAAUUCAAAAUAGGCAAUUCAUUGCUAUCAUCACACAAAAACAGCACUGAACUUGUCAAGUUAAAAAUAUUGAAUAUAACAGAGAUGACAGCUCAGAGAAAAGAUGGACACUCAUCAAUCUACUAUCUUGGUCCGAAUGGCGGCACGGCGGCACUCCAUCGGCAAGAUUGCAGCCACUGGUGUCUGCCUGGUGUACCUGAUACAUGGAAUGAGCUGCUUUAUGCAAUGUUCAUGAUACAUGAAGGCUUCUCAUAGCAAGGAACUUCAAAGAGUCAUGGAAGCAUUAUAUACAGCAAUUCUUUUUUAUUUGUCUUGGGCAACAAGGACU